GACACAAGUCGACUUAAGUCGACUUCUAGUGUCAUUUCUGCUUUCCAUUUAAUUUGUGUCGCAAUGUGUUGGUUACUUAAGUCAACUUGGAAUAACUCUGCCUUUGCUGAGGGUUGAGCGAAGUUGCCAAUAUAGACGAAGAAAAAAGUCCUAGAGUACAAUAAAUAUGUAAAAUCACUAUAGUCUUGAUUAUACCGACAUUGUAUAUUAAUCGUGUAUCAACCGAAAAGAAAAAUAUAUUCAUAUAAUAAUGGCAAUAAAGACUAUUUCAAUGAAGGACUUGCAAGCAUUGCAAACUGCAGGAAAAAUUGAUUUCAAGAAUAUUGAUAAAAAUAGUAUAAAUUGUAAUAAUGUACAACAAAAAGCGGAUUCUAUCAAUCUGUCCCAAGAAAAUAGUUAUAUUAAUGGACAGCAAAUACAAAGAAGGCCGGAUGCAACAAUUUUACAGCAAGAAUUGCAGGAGUGUAAAUUUAUAUGGACUAAGCAAGCUACUUUUGCUCUUCUGUCUGCUUAUGAAGCUCGAAAUAUUGAAAUGGAUAAUACAAAAAAAAAUAAAAGAUUUUGGCAAUCUAUAGCUACUGACCUUAAUGAAUUCUCAUUAUCUAAUACACCAUUAACAGGUGACCAAGUUAGAUGGAAAUUUAGUGCGUUAAAAAAAUCAUAUAAUAAAAAGAAAGAUCACAAUUGUAGAAGUGGAAAUGCUCCAAAGAUGUUCGAUGAAUUCGAAAAGCGAUUAAUGGAUAUUUUAGGUGAUAUACAUGGUAAUAUCAAUAAAGAAAAUUGCUUUAACUCACCAAUAUUGGAGUAUAGUGUAUCCAAUCAAUCUGAAACGCAAAAUAUAAGUGAAAUAGUCAGUAAUGAAUUAGAAAAUGUCAGCAUGGAAGAAGAAAAGAGUAGUAACGAAAAAUAUACAGAAAGAAAAACAGUACGAAAGAAAAGACCACAUGGAACAGGUUCACAAAUAGCUCGUUCAAAAGUAGAAUUAGAACACCAAUGGCUACAACAUCUUCAACUUAUGCAACAAAAAUAUGAAGAUAGGAAAAAUUUUGAUGAAAUGGAAUCUAAAAGAAAAACGGAAGAACUUGAAUUAAAGAGAGAAAAGAUACAUUUGAAAAAGAAGAUAAUGUUAUUCGAAGAGCAAAGAUUAAGGCAAAAGAUAGAGCUACAUCGAGAGAAAAUGUCUAUUGAAAAAGAAAAAUGUGAUAUAUUAAGAAAUAUUAUUCAAUCUCGAAGCAGUAUUUUCUAAACCAAAUAUUCAAGAACAGUGAUAUUUUUUAUUUACUUGUAAUA